CGUGCAAAACGCUGUUACUCUGUCUCUUUCUCUCUCUCUCUGUUGAUGAAUUCGCGCAAGUCCAGUUAGUACUUAGUCGGUCACUAAGCCCUAUACAAAGAUGUGAACUCGUGGAAGAAACAGCUGAGGUAGUGAGAUUAAUGAUGGAGUGGAACAAGCAAUUGGAACAACAAUUUCACCCUGAUCAACAGAAUUACCAGAACGGUGGCAGCGGUGGUGGCGGCGACAGGAUGUACGUCCAAGUGAUGACGGAUGAACAGAUGGAGCUUUUAAGGCGACAGAUCUCAGUCUAUGCGACCUUAUGUGAGCAACUUGUAGAUAUGCACAAAGCCGUCAGUACUCAGCAGGAUUUUGCUGGAAUGAAGCUGGGAAAUCUGUACUGUGAUCCAUUGGUAUCAUAUGCUGGCCACAAUAUCUCGGCCAGGAAUCGAUGGACACCAACACCUCUGCAGCUUCAUAUUCUCGAGCAUAUCUUUGAUGAGGACAAUAGUAUUCCAAGGAAGGAAAAGAUUCAAGAGAUAACCACCGAGCUGUCGCAACAUGGCCAGAUUUCUGAAGCAAAUGUUUAUAACUGGUUCCAGAACAGGAGGGCUCGAUCAAAAAGGAAGCUAUUAGUUGUGGCACCAAACAAUGCAGAAGUCGAGUCCUCAAAGGAGAAGACGACAGAACCAGAAAGAACCAAAUCCCAUGACAACCUAGCACCAGGGCCUGAAAAUGUAAAUUUCCAGGAUUCUGGCAGUUUGAGUUAUUUGGAGACAAAGUCCAAUAAAGAGAAGCCUGUGUUUCAAUCUGAUCAUGGUUUAAAAUCAUCUGGCAGUUUGGGUUAUUCAGAUUUACACGAGGGUGCUCCAAGAACUGAGCAGCUGAUGGAUAGCAUGGACCUUCCUGGAAGCUUUAUUUCUCAUCAGCAUGGGGGAGGAUAUGACAUCCUUGGAUGAUGCUACUACUCUUUUUUGGUUCUAUGGCAUAUGAGUACUUGGCUGGGGGCCGAAACAUGCCUCUACUGGGGUUUAAACCCUCGCCCUCCUCCUGCUAGGGAACUGCGGGCCAUACCCCCCAGGGCUAAAACCCUUGGAUUUUGGCAUAACCACGACCAAUGAAAUUUAUACAGUAAAAUUAGGGUUGGUAGUUUGAUAACGUUAAGGAAUAUAAGCCUCAGAUUUCAAUCCCAAGGAACUGACAUUCUAGCAACUUAAGGAGACUUGCAAAAUAAGCAUAGUGAGUUUUAAUUUUUGCAAGGUUUUACUUUUUCCCUCAUUUAGUGUCCAUCUUGCUUGUUUUGGAGUAAAUGGUGGGUGUAACAUAUCGGUAUUAUCACGCGGUGUAACUAAACUACCCAAUAAUAAACAAACAAAUAUUAAGUGCAACCGU